AUGGAACAGGUUCCUCCUGUCUCUCCCUCCCAGUCGGGACGAGCCAAUAAAAGAAAGCGCGAAUGUCCAGAUCAGUUCAAUAGCCCAACCGGCGUCCCAGGAAGCCCCGAAGAGACAAUUCCGACCGGCGCAGCCUGCUCCCUAACUAGCGAUAUGGCACGGAUCCUUCAAAACCCUCAUUCCUCGUCCUCUGCCGUUGACCUCCUGGACCUGUAUCUGUGUCUGUGGGAGUGCUACACGAUCAAGUCGGCCGGCAAAAUACGCUUGGAAGAGGAACGUCGCUACCUGCAAAACUCACAAAAAUGGCUGGCGGAGGAGAACAAAAAGCUUCAGCAAUGCUGCAAUCAUCAAGAACUGCUGCUGUGGGAUCGUCGUCAGGCCUUUCUCUCUGUACACCAGGGCGUUCUCGGAACAUUGCAGAAUAGUGACAGACACUCGUGUCAGAUAAGUGAGCUACAAUGA